AUGGCAAAUCGUAGAGGACUUCCAAAAGAUACACUAGUUAACGUUAAAUUAAAAAAAGGUGAAAUGGCUUUUGGUAGGAAUGGCCCACAAAUUUGCAUUAAGUGGAAAAACACGAAAGAUGUUCUUGUUAUGUCAACAUGUCACUCGGCUGACAUGGCACCUGUGACUGUCAAAGCUAGAGGAGGUCCAAUACAAAAAUUUAAACCCGUGGCCAUCAUCGAUUAUAAUAAAUAUAUCAGAUGA